GGCAUGUGCACAUGUCCCGGUCAUGCUGCAAUGGCCAUCUACCCCAUCUGUUCCGAAAAGACGUGGAGAGGAAAAGGAAAGCAUUGGUCAUCUAGCAUGUCCAACGCUCUUGCCAUAUGAGUCUCUCCGACCCCCACCUAUUCGGCGUUGGACACUAGAAGUCCCAAAGCAUGCGCUGUCAGGGAGGACGGUUCUGGAGCCCAUUGAAACGUCGGAGAAGUCGGAGAAGUCGGAGAAGGUGUCCAGGUCCGAAUCUCGAACUCAAACACUGGAAGCUUAUUUGCCUGGCCGUACUCGAAGCGGGCGGUCAUCCAGGGUCUCUUUGCCACCUUUGGACUUUGAUGGUGAGUUGGAAGAAAGUCGUCGCAUCAAGGGCUGCCGCGGUGCUUCUGAAUAUUUAGCCAGACAAGAUCGAAGUGGACUCAGUGCUUAUGAAAAGUUCUGUGUCAAGGAGGCUUUUUUGCGAUUCAAGUCAAGUGGUGCAGACAUCAAUUGCAGUGACCUGUUUGAUAUUCUAAGCCACUUGGGAUACUUGGGUAUCACAGAUGAAACUGCUGCGAUGCUUGCUAAAGAGGUUUCACGGUUUUCAACUCUGGAUUUCAAAGAGCUCUUGAAAGUUGUUGAAUCUGCUGGGCCGUGGGAACGUGAGCAUUUGCGGACCGCCUUUGAACGCUAUGCAGCCAGCUAUUCCGUGAAAGACAGUUCUGAUGCGAAGGAACCAGACCGCAAUGUUCAGCUGGGAGAUGGCGAGCGAACGUGUAAAAAUGGUAGCUUCGAUCCCGGUCGAGCAGGUCGAGCAGGUCGAGCAGGUCAAGGUCGUUUCUUGCAUGCUGCGCACCUGCCAUUCCUUCUCCAUGCUGUUGGCAUGACCUCAGAGUGGCAAGCCAUUCGGGAGACGCUGGUGCAAGCGCUAGAUUUGGACUUCCCGCAGCAGCCGCGACUGGAACGUGAUCGAGAUGACGCCGAGAUUGAGGAACGCAUGCUUUUUUCUUUUGAGCAGGUCAAUCUCAUUUUGGCAACACACCGUGCUGCCCAAUGUUCUUCUGUACCCUUGCUGGAAUGUGCUGAGACCCUGUUUUGCUCAGUCGCUAAGACUGUCAACAGAAGACUUGAAGUCAAUAUUCACAAAGUGCCAGAGCUCCUGCGUCGCCUUCAUGAGUAUGACGUCUCCGAAAGCAUCAACGAGAUUUGUCGACCUUUGCGGUCAAGCAGACUGCCAAUCCAUGGAGACAGUGAUGUCAGCGAUGCCAGUGGAGAUGAGGCUGAAGAGGUCAAAAAGCCUCAUGAUACAAUGGCAUUCAACGAAUUCUUAAUCUGGAUGCGGCGUGUACGUUGCCUGGAGCUGGGGAAAAGUUGGCAAAGCUACCAGAAGGUGGCUACAGAAACGUUUGGCUAUGUGGACCCUACUGAGCUUUCCACAUUGGUGUCAGACUUGUCUCCCCUGCCAGAGCUUCAAGAAGAGUCUUUCCGAGAACUUGGACUGGAACGGACUGCUCCUCUCAGCUUCGAUGUGUUGGUUUGCCUUAAAAGGCAUUGCUCCCUCAUGAAGGAUUUGAGCAUGGAAGAGGCGAGAUACUUCAAUGGCGUUUUUGACCAUUUUCAAUCAGAGGACCAUGCCGGCUUUGUCAAGCGGGAAGAUUGUUUAUGCAUCUUCCGGAGUAUGGGAUUCGGUUUAAACAGCGACGAGAUUUAUUCCUUGCUGUUGGACGCCAAAGCUGCUGGGCAUCGCCUUCUCAGCCUCAGUGACUUUUUAAACAUGAUGAGGGCUUGCAGAUCAAGACAAAGAGGAAUGAUCAGAACAGCAUAUGAAAUGAAUGCCCAGGACAUGGGAUUUUCGGACAUGAGCGACUUCGAGACGGGCUCUGCCCUGACAAUGUCUGACGAUGAGGAUUAUGCAAACGAGCUCAUCUUUAGCAGACGGCAGAGCAAUGACUGUUCAAGGGCAGCAUUUCGCAGACGUAGCACCAUCAAACAGGAAGCCACGUCCAAACAGGUGCAAGGAGAAGGCUUGCUCGUUCCCCAAGGUUGCUUGGAGGCCUUGGGCUCAGUGGGUUGGUCAAUGGAAGAGGAUGCCUUGGACCAGGGAUUGGCUCGAAUUGGUCUUCAAAACCAACGACUUCUGAGCCUUGACGACUUCUCAAGCCUAGUGAAGCUUCUACGGGAGGAAGAGGCGGCUCAGAAGCAAAGACGAGCUGGGUGGACUGUGUCCGAGGCCAACGACAUUCUUUGUCUCUUCGAAGCUCAUGGAGGAUCCCAAGAUUCAGUCUUGGGAGAGGGAGCUCUGGAGCAUUUGCUGUGGGAAUUGGAUGUGAAGCAGGGCUUCGAAGACUUGAAACAGCUCUUAGACAAAGCUCGUUUGCAAAGCGGCGUGGAACUUGGAGGAGCACCCGAGGUGACUCUGUCAACGUUAAUGCACCUGCUGCGGUUCAUCUCCCAGAAAGGGUUGAGAAAUGCCUUUGGGCGAGAAAGCGAAGCCUUUCACGUGGAAGGAUGCACCGAAGCUGAUGUGGCCACCUAUCGCCAGUUGUUUCGGCAAAUCAAAAGUCAGAGCGGAGAGCAGUCAGAACAUGAUGGCCCACCAAGCUUGGUGAGGAGAUCUGAGUCGGGUCUAAGAGUCCCUUUCCCGCCAGGAGCCAAGCCCGGGAUGCACAAAAUUCCGAGCAAAUGUGGUCAAGGACUGCGAAAGGACUAUCCGGUUUUGCUCAAGAAGGUCAAGUCUGCAUUGGGCGUUCCCAGCUCCAUUCCCCAGGUUUCAUGUGGUGCAGUCAUGAAGUUCCUGCGGAAGUUGAGCCAACGGUGUGACGAGCGGCUAACGCCACUGCAGCAGGCAGACCUUUGGAAGAAGAUUCAGGAUUUCAGUGUGUCAAGCACAAACCGAGACUUUAUGGACUUCGCUUCAUUUGUUCAGACAAUUGGUUGGGUGCGUAGAACAGACUUUGCAAAUAUUCGCCAAGAAUCUGACAAAGUCGGAUCAUUUUUGGCGCUAGCAGAGUCAAUCUUGAGUGCCAAGUGACACCUCAGCGUUGCGCAGAAGAUGGGCUCACUCGCGUCUGUGGUGAUGUAUUCUUCAGCUUGUGUGUGUGCCCAGGUUUUUCGCCG